UAAGUAUUCAUUAUAAUGAAGAGUUUGGUGUUCGGUCUGUCUCUGAUUGUCUGUGCUUCUGCCUUAUUAGAAGUACAGACCAAUUACCACGAUGCUAUCGGUAUUCCUGCUGCAGAGAGGAUCAGAGCACUAGAAGAAGCAAGUCUAGCUAACGAAGCCGUAACUAAAGGCAACAGGAUCGUUGGAGGAGCACUGGCUCCUGUUGGCGCAUACCCCUACUUUGCUGGCUUACUGAUCGACUUUAUUGGUACACCUACCAGAUCAGUAUGUGGUUCUUCCUUAUUGUCUACCAAUCGCCUGGUGACUGCUGCUCACUGCUGGUUCGAUGGCAACAGACAAGCGUGGCAAUUCACAGUCAUUUUGGGAUCUAAUUGGCUGUUUACCGGUGGUGAACGUAUUACCACUCAACAAGUCAUCAUGCACCCUCAAUAUGUGCCUCAGUUCCUUACAAAUGACGUCGCUAUGAUAUACUUGCCCCGUAAUGCUAUGAUUACAAACCUUGUCAGACCGAUCAGAUUGCCUAAUAAUUCAGAGGUAUGGAACCAGUUUGUGGGACAUUGGGCCGUUGCUGCUGGUUUUGGAAGCACCAAUGACGAACAAACUGCAGCUUCGACUGUGGUGAGCCACAUCACACUACAGGUGAUCAGCAACAUUCAAUGCCAAGCUUCCUUCGGUUCAAACAUUGUGAAGCCCAGCACUCUCUGCACAAGUGGAUUUGGCAUUGUGGGUAUUUGUGGUGGAGAUUCCGGUGGCCCUUUUGCCGCGUUUGAUAACACUGGCAACCCAUUCUUGAUUGGUAUUAGUUCCUUCACGGCUUACAAAAAUUGUACGGGAGGUCAUCCUUCGGGCUUCGCUAGAGUUACCAGCUUCAUCAAUUUUAUUACUCAACAUUUUGCUCCAGCUCCACCGCAUUUAUACCUGUAUCAAUCUGAUGGCUUUCUAAAAUCGAAAGUAUCGACUCCGAAACGAAAUGAUUUGAUAGAGCAGAGUUUGGUGUUCGGUCUGUCUCUGAUUGUCUGUGCUUCUGCCUUAUUAGAAGUACAGACCAACUACCACGAUGCUAUCGGUAUUCCUGCUGCAGAGAAGAUCAGGGCACUAGAAGAAGCAAGUCUAGCUAACGAAGCCGUAACUAAUGACAACAGGAUCGUUGGAGGAGCACUGGCUCCUGUUGGCGCUCAUCCAUACUUCGGUGGCUUACUGAUCAACUUAGUUGGAACUACAAGCAGAUCAGUAUGCGGUUCCUCUUUGUUGUCUGCCAAUCGCCUGGUGACUGCUGCUCACUGCUGGUUCGACGGCUUCAGGCAAGCGACUGAGUUCACCGUUAUUUUGGGCUCCAACUGGCUGCACAGCGGUGGUGAACGUAUUUCUACUCGACAAGUCAUCAUGCACCCUCAAUAUGUGCCUCAGUUCCUUACAAAUGACGUCGCUAUGAUAUACUUGCCUUGGAACGCUAUGAUGACUGCAAACGUCCGACCCAUCAGAUUACCCAGAAACAUGGAAUUGUGGAAUCAGUUCGAGAACCAUUGGGCUAUGGCAGCUGGCUUCGGAAAAACUAGCGAUGCUCAACAAACUUCUGCUUCUGUGGUAAGCCACGUGUCGCUGCAGGUGAUCAACACCAACACUUGUGCACAACGGUUCGUGGCCGGUUUCGUGACUCAUAGCACCAUUUGCACUAGUGGCGUAGGCAGCGUUGGUAUCUGUGGUGGAGACUCUGGUGGUCCUCUUGCUGCUCACGACAACUUCGGAGAGCCGUUCUUGUUACAAUAUUUUUACACAAUGCGUGCUGUUGUUCUGUUAGGCUUGGCCCUGGUGGCUUCAACGUCCGCCCUAGUGGAAGUAGGGACCGGAUACCACCAGGCCGUUGGUAUUCCUACCGCAGAGAAGAUCAAAGCUGAGGAGCAGAAACUUCUGGCGGUACAAGCCUCAGACAACAGGAUUGUUGGUGGUGCCAUCGCGCCAGCCAACGCGCACCCAUACUUUGCUGGACUGCUGAUCAGUUUGGUGGGUACUUCUGGUCAAUCAGUGUGUGGUUCCUCUCUCCUGUCUGCCAAUCGUGCGGUGACAGCAGCUCACUGCUGGAACGAUGGGUGGAACCAAGCCUGGCAGUUCCUCGUUAUCCUCGGAUCCAAUCUCCUAUUCUCUGGUGGCACCCGAAUUGCUACUACCGAUGUCAUCAUGCACCCACAAUACAGUGCCUCUAACCUUAACAACGAUAUCGCCAUGAUUAGACUGCCGACCAGCGUUCUAUUUAGCAACAGUAUUCAGCCUAUUGCCCUUCCGAACAACUUGUCUCAAAAUUUUGCUGGAUUCUGGGCAGUUGCUGCAGGAUUCGGAAGAACCAGUGACCAGCAAGCUGGUGCAUCCACGAUUGUAAGUCACGUAAACCUGCAAGUUAUCAGCGUUGCGGCCUGUCAGUCUGUGUUCGGUAGCGUGUUCGUGGUUCCUAGCACGAUCUGCACCAACGGCGCUGGAGGAGUCGGUAUCUGCGGCGGAGACUCUGGCGGUCCUCUAGUCUUCAACCAGAACGGCAUACCUACUUUGAUUGGUGUCAGCUCUUUCGUCGCAGCAAAUGGAUGCCAGCUUGGUUUCCCAUCAGCUUUCGCUCGAGUCACCAGCUUCGACAGCUUCAUCCGGCAAUACCUAUAA